GUUGCUUGCCGCUGCUGCUUCGCCGUGUCUCGCCACCUCACGCUUCGUGGUCAAGGUGCACCCGUAGUCACGUGGUUAACUUACGAAAGUGUGUAACAGGCAAACAAAACUGGGUCGCUCGUUCGUUCAUACAACGCCGUUCGCAUGGUCCGUUUAUUCGACGUUGCGAGAGAGAGGAAGAAUCACAUGUGCGGUAUGCGUGCAACCCGCGGCUCCCUCCCGUUUCCUCCACGUUUAUUCCCUCGCGUGGCAUCGCGUGGCACGCCGUGUCACUUUUGAUCGGUCGCGUGUGAACGUGUAUUUUUCGACGGUGCAUUAUUACGCGGGAUAAUCGCGAGAUCGCGAACGUCUCGUGAAGAUUCAUAUUUCAUCCUUUCAGAGUGUCUCCCUUGAAGAUCGACGCGACCGAGAAUUGUCCAAGAGAGGACACCCCUGUUCCCCUCGCGAUAAUAAUUAAGUCUAAGAAAAAGGCGGCUAUUGCUCGCGAUUUUGGUAAGUGGUCUGUGCUACGUGAACGUGGUGGAUGAUGUGACUCUCGAUCGUUGUACCCGCCACCGCCGGUUACAUGUUUUCGAGGGGAUUAAAACGGAAUCCGACGAGGUGGAAUUAAUGCAGCGCAACGAUAGGUACAAAGCGAAUCGUUGCGUGAGCGGGGGCGGUGGCCGCGGGAACGGCGCGACUGGUACCGGAGGCGGUCUAGGUAACGGAGGCAGCGGCCGCGGGGGCGGCGGGGGCGGUAGCCCCGGCAGGGGCGGCGGCGGAGGCGGCGGAGGCGGCGUCGGAGGAGGAGGCGGAGGUAGGAACGGAGGAAUAGACGGUGGUGCGAUACCCGCUACACCACCGACGAUCAGCCGUUACCACCACCGCUACCAUCACCACCAUCACCACCAUCAUCGUAAUCACGAGCACGUCACCACGACCACCACGGCGGACGCCACCACCAUCACUGGCGUCGCCUGGCACCUCAGGCACAAGCUACCCCUUGGAAAGCAGUGCCUCGAACACCGUCUUCAACACCGGCAUCACCAUCGGUCCCCCUAUCGGGCCUUAAACAUGGGCCAAAAGAUUUCAGGAGGGGUUAAAAGCGUGACACGCGAGGCUACAGCAGGAGCUGUCGGUGGAGUCGGCGUCGGCGGUGGCGGCGUCGUAGCUUACAAACCAGUGGUACCAAGAGAGCUGGCGCAACACUUCGCGAGGCCGCCACGGCUCGAUGUCCUUCUCGACAUGCCACCCGCUUCGCGGGAAACACAAAUUCAUCAUAGCUGGAAUGCUAAUGAUCGUAGCCUCAACAUAUUUGUCAAGGACGACGACAAGUUAACAUUUCACCGGCAUCCAGUGGCUCAAAGCACAGAUUGCAUAAGAGGGAGGGUAGGGUACACGAAAGGAAUGCACGUCUGGGAGCUGUUCUGGAGCACGAGGCAAAGAGGAACGCAUGCCGUGGUUGGCGUUGCGACGGCAGAAGCACCCCUUCACAGUGUCGGCUAUCAAAGUUUGGUGGGCAACAAUGAGCAAAGCUGGGGGUGGGAUCUCGGUAGGAACAAACUUCUCCACGAUUCGAAGAACAAUACCGGUAUCACUUAUCCGGCUCUUCUCAAAUCCGAUGAAACGUUCAUUGUUCCUGACAAAUUUCUAGUGGUCUUGGACAUGGAUGAAGGUACGUUAGCAUUUGUCGUUGACGGCCAGUAUCUUGGUGUCGCGUUUAAAGGCCUGAAAGGCAAGAAACUUCACCCCAUUGUAUCCGCUGUUUGGGGACACUGUGAAAUCACGAUGAAAUAUAUCGGUGGACUUGAUCCCGAACCUUUGCCUUUGAUGGAUCUCUGUCGAAGAGUGAUCCGGAAACGAAUUGGCAAAGAUAAGAUAGAAGAGAAAGUGAACGCGUUGAGCCUGCCGUUAGCGGUGAAGACUUAUCUCCUGUAUCGUGACAGGAGGUAACUACCGAGUGCUAGCUCCGUAAAUAUUACAACCACGAUUACGACUGUGAACACCACUGCGCUAUUGAAUCGUUGCCACCACGACGCACAGGGGAACGCCCGCUACCCCGUCGCAUGCCACCGAGCAGACCAGCCCAUAAGCCGCUUGUACGAUCCAUGGUGUUUCUAUCCAUGUCAGGAUAAGUCAAGACGAGCACGAUCUUCGUGGUCGCGUACGUUAUCGUCAUCGUCGUCGACUUCGUCGUCGUCGUCAUCGUCGUCGUCGUCGUCGUCGUCGUCGUCUUCUUCGUCGUCGUCGUCGUCGUCGUCGUCGUCGUCAUCGACGUCGUCGUCGUCGUCGUCAUCGUCUUCAUCAUCCGUAUCAUCGCUGGCAUGAUUAUUCGUCGUUGUAUCCAUAUGUUCAUCAUUCUCGUUGUCAUUGUCGUUGUUAACCUGAUCGUUAUCGUCGUUGUCGUUCCCGAAUAAAAUCAAGAUGUGCACGCUAAUGUGGAGGAAAGGAAAGAAUUUUAAAAAAAGGCACGAACACACACGGGACACAUACGCGAAUCGUAUCGGGACUAGCGAAUUAUUUAGGUGAUAUUGUUGUCUUGUGUUAACGUCUAUAUGCGAUUAAAAUCGUGACGAAGUCUUUAUCAAUUGUUAAUAAUGAUAAUUAAUAGAAAAAAUGGCGCACGAUGCAUUUCGAUAAGCAUUUCGUGCACAUCGCUCGGCGCUGUUAUCUUCUUUUUAUCUUUUUUUUUUCUUUUAUUUCGUUUCUUUUUUUUUUCUUUUUUUUUUUUUUUUUUUUUUUUUUUUUUUUUUUUUUUUUUUUUUUAGUAAUUUUUUUUAGUUAUCGCGUUAUUAAAACGUUCUGUGACGAAGAAGAUACAAGCUAAGAAAUAGAGGACCAGAUUAUAUGGACGAGAAUACACACACGUGGCUCGGAUAGAGAAGAAAGAUCGCAAGAAGGAAAACAGCUCUUCAUAUAGUUGGCCAGUAAAACGUUACACUUAGUCGAGUUUGAAGGCUGAUAACGGAUAACGUUUCGAUUAUUAAUCAACAAUGGGUAGCGGGCUUGUUCUAGUCCUGCCACAUUGCGCGAAUAAGAAACGAGAAGACAACGGAGUAGAAAUAAAUUUCUUCACGAUUUAAAUGAAGAGGAAAAAUCGACGAAACUUCGAAAAGAAGAUUUGUUAACCGCACGACGCGGAAACAAUUAUUGUUCAUACGAACUGUCAAAAAAAAAAAAAAAAGAAAAAUGUGUGUACAGUGAAAAAAGCCAGCCGAUCGAACAGCCACCUUCCAAUAGACUCAUUUUUCAAGUAUUUUCUAAGCAUGCUAGGUCUAAUGAAAUAUAGUGGUAUGUAUGAUUCGUGGAUGGACACGAAAGGGAACGAAAGAGAACUUUAAGAUAUACAUAUAUAAAUAUAUAUAAAUAUAUAUAAAUAUAUAUAUAUAUAUAUAUAUAUAUGUAUAUAUAUAUAUAUGAUUUAAUAAGUAACACGCCUCCGAUUUUUCGUAUUUUGUUUUAUUUUGUGUAUCGUUUAGUUAGAAAAAGCCCCGAAAAAAGCAUACGUAUCGCAGCUAGAAAUUAUUUCUAAAUGAUAUAUUUUAGCGGAACAUUAAGAAAGAAGAAUUAUUAUGAACCACGAAAUUUAAGGCGUACACGAUUAUCGUAUUUGAAUAAAACUCGAGAAAAACAGGAGAGAGAGACAAAAAUAUAAUUACCUCGAUUAAGUUGAUUGAAGAUAAUAAAAAGAAGAAGAAAAAAAAAAACAAGAAGAAAACAAUGAAGAUUAGUUGUACGUAGUUAAACAUUUAGAGCGAGCGAACGAACACGGGCAUAUUAUGGCUGAUUAGAUUCCAAACACGAAUUAAAACUGUCUCGAGGAGAGAAAAAGAGCUACCUGAGACAUCGGUGUGCGAGAGUGUUAAUGAGUGUAUUAUAACGCUGAAAAAAAAAAAAAUCAUCGAGAAAUAUGGUCACGAUGAUGAUGAUGAUGAUGAUAGUGAUGAAUGGGAUAAUGAUGAUAGAUAAAACAAUUAUAUCGGGCGUGUUGCUACCUAUACUAUUAGCAUGACAAAUUAUGACUGGUCCCUAGUAACUCUUUAAUCUUACGUUUGUCGCUUAAGUUUAAUGAUAAUGUGCCGUUUAUCGGCGAUGUCGAUUUGUACAUAGGGUAUAAUUAUAAUAAUAUCUAUCGGUACGACAAUGAAUGUAUUGUGGGUAGUCAUUGUAUCCAAGACCGUAAGGACGAACCGAAUGCGAGAAAAAGAAAGAAGAAAAAGUAUAUAGAAUUCUAUCGCAUGCAAAUAACACAGAGGCAAAAUUGUCAAUGAAAACAGCUCUCCAUUUUUAUUUUCCAUUUAGUCACUUCCAUUUAAUCUCUUUCUUUGGUUCUUUUUUUUUUUUUUUUUUUUUUUUUCUAAACUUUCGAGAGACGAAAGUAAACGUUUUGCUUGAUACCACGCAUCGUUGUUCAUUCUCUCUCUAAAAAAAAAAAAGCGAGUUUUCUUGCAGAGCUCGUCUUUUACAAAAAAAAACGUCUUCCAGUUUGUCUGGCCAGACAUAUGGUUACAUCUUUUUGUGAAACGAAAAAGAAAACUGUCCUUUUCUUUUUUUUUCUUUUUUUUUUUUUUUUUUUUUAUAUAUAUAUAUACACAAGUUUUAUAUCGUAGCCACGUUUCUUACCAAUUAAUUUCAUCUAUUUCCAUCGAUUUAAAAGCCGUUCUCAAAGACACGCACGAUCUCGCAAUCGGCAGCCAUUCGUGAUGCGGUCAUCAAUACGCACACCCAAACUCGCUGUUAGAGCAAUGUUCACCUUCGCUAUCUUUGCUCGAUUCUCCUCUCGGCCGAGGCCUCGAAACUUUCGGCCGAGAAGGGAGAACGCGAGAAGAGAAAAGGAACAAAUUAAAGAUUCGUGGCAAAGGAAAGAGAAGAAAGGAGGAAAGGAUGGAGGAGGAUCUAAACGGAUGGAAAUAAAAAGGAAAAGAGUGAGAUUGUACGAAACGAGCGAAACGAAAAAGUUGUUCUCACGUGUUAGUUGAUCGAGCGAUAAUGCGCGCUGCAACGUGCUUUCUUCGCGCAUCAACGCUCGAAUGUUCGAAACUUAUAGCCAUGUAUAUUUCGGGCAACGUGUGUGUCGCGUGUUGUAUCGCGUAGCGGUGAAAAAAAGAAGGAUUUACCGCGAUCAUAGUGACUCGACGUCUUCGUCGUGGUUAUACGCCGUUCGUCGAAACUUUUGCCUCGUUUGUAAGAAAAAAAAGAAAGAAAGAAAGAAAGAAAGAAAGAAAGAAAGAAGAAAAUAAAACUAAAAUAAUAAUAAUAUAAAAUAAAAUAGAGAACGGUUCUCUCUCGAGCGCGACGCGGACGUCGCGUGUAUUAUCUUGUAUGCGUGAAAUCAAGUGGAAGUAAACGGAGCACAUAAAUAGCGAGUAAAAGAAAAAGAAAUUGUAUAAGGUAUAAAAAAAAAAAAAAAAAAACACGUAUAUAGGAAAGAUUUAAAAAAUGCGAGUGUUGGACACUCGUUUCUGGACGCGCGUUUCGAAAAACGAGAGAAAGAAAGAGAAUGAGAGAAAUAUCACCGACGUUAGUGCAGUGUGAAAGAGAAAGAGGAAAAAGGAAGUGAGAUUCACACACAUACACGCGCGCGCGCGUCGAGAAGACAUUAUCUUUUUUCCGCGAAUCACACUCUCCUCCAUCUUGCUACCGUCGUGUUGUACCUAUAUUAUUUUCUAUAAAAAAAAAAAAAAAAAACAAGCGAUUGAUUUUUUUUUUUUCUUUUUCGUUUUUUCUUCGUGCGCGUGUCACGUUCCAAGCAUAUGAGACAGAACAAGAAAAAGGUAUAGCGUUUAGAAUGUUGUAUAUAUUAUUAAUUAAUGAUUAAUAUUAAUAUUAUUAUUAUUGUAUCGGCUCGAUAUAGUUUAAUUGAUUAAUCAAUUAUAUCGUGUUAGUCGGCAUAAUUGUGGAUUCAGUUUUUGUACGGUAGGAGAAACGAUCUAAUUAAACGCGAUCGAUCGAUCGACAGUGUUGGAUUGAGAGAGAAAGAUUGGGCACGUUCUCUUUGUGGCUCGUCGUUCUUUUUCUUUUUCUUUUUUUUUUUUUUUUUUUUUUUCUCUUUUUCUUACUUUUCUUUCGCAUUCGAGCGACGACGCUUCCGGAACGCGCCCAUGAAGACUUCCUAUUAUUUAAAUCGCAUUAACGAUUGGACGAAAGAUGAUGGAUUACUGCGAAUAAAGCAAGUAAAAAGUAAAGAAACGUGUUUUUAUACCGCCGCGUAUUCGUUCCAACGCGUUUUGUCCUCUUUUUUUAUAUACAUAUAUAUACAUAUAUAUAUAUAGCGUAUUUUACGUGUCUUCCAACUUUACGUUCAUGAUUUUGCUUUUUUUGUUUCCUUUUUUUUUUUUUUUUU